AUGUCGACCAACCAAGCGAAGCCGUCUGCUGAACGCCAACCGACAAAAGACAGUAAGCUUGAUGACAGCCAAAUGAAGUCUUCAGCAGCCCAUAGAGCAUCAAACAACAGUAAAGCAAUGGUCGCAAAACCAGGAGACAUCAUCUGCGGACGUGGCUUUCACAUUGCCAACCACCGUGGUAACCUUGAUCUUCACCUCAUUAUCAACAAACAUCGAGACGAGUAUCUCCAGUCGAAACGCCCAAACAAGACAAGGAUCAUCAAACAUAUCCUCCAAGAAAUCAAAAAGACAGGAGCCAGAUUCAUCAAGUCGGUCUCGGAUGAAAGCAAUGUCGAUACGUGGGAAGAAGUUGACUAUGAGACAGCAUACAAAAAAGUAAGCCAUGCAUUACGCCUCAGAACAAAGAACGAGACCAACAGAUCCAACGGAUCAAUUAUGGGCGAAGCAGACACUUCGCAACAUCGAGGUGACUCCAAUGGUGCUCAAGCGAUACCCACUCGGGCGACGCUGCCAGUCGUUCAGCAUGGUGCAUCACCAGGCCAGCUACAAGUUUCCAGUGGAAGAUUUUCACAUGCAGCAGGUGUGCCCCCUCCACAGUUGGGCGGUGAUCCAGCGCUAAAUCAAAUCUAUCGUCAAGUAUACUUGAACACCUUGUAUUCACUCCAGCAUCAGCCUACUUGGAAACCUCCCGAUACUCGGUAG